UCAGCAGCGUCUGACGGCUGCAUCCUUCGCCGUAGCAGCGCGGCUGCUCCUCCGUCCUGCGUUGGCUCAGCUCCAUCUGACAUUUAGGCUGCAGGAGUCUUUUGUGUCCCCCACAAGGGUCAUUGUUGUUUCUUCCCUUUUCGGGGGAAGGGGGGGAAAAACAACAACAAAAAAACAAACAAAAAAAAAAUGGAUAUGAUGGGCAACAAGGAGCGACGGGGCGUGAAUUUCAAAGCCUCGCUGAAGAGGAAUUGGCUUCUAAUUGCUACGAUUUUAUCAGUGGUGCUCGGGAUCAGUCUGGGUGUUGUGGUCAGAGAGUAUGCAUCACUCUCCCAUCUCCACAAGCAGUACUUUGGCUUCCCAGGAGAGAUCCUAAUGCGAAUGCUGAAGUUGGUCAUUCUUCCUCUCAUCAUUUCAAGUAUGAUAACAGGUGUUGCAGCCUUAGACUCCGAGGUGUCAGGAAAGAUAGGUCUGCGAGCUGUUAUUUAUUACUUCUCAACAACUAUCAUUGCAGUUGUUCUUGGAAUUAUUUUAGUGAUGACUAUCAAACCAGGCAUGUCUCAGACAGCUGAGUACAUUGACAGAGCUGGGACCACCCCUAACGUUACCACAGUCGACACACUCUUGGACCUGCUUAGAAACAUGUUUCCUGAGAAUCUGGUGCAAGCUUGUUUUCAGCAGUAUAAAACAAAGCGCAAAGAACUGGAGCCUCCAAAACGUUCUGUGAACACCACCACAGUGCCCUCUCUCACACCGACUAUCAUGACCAUGAUGGAGAACAUCACAAAGGAAUAUAAAAUUGUCGGCGCAUAUUCAGAUGGAAUCAAUGUUUUGGGGCUUAUUGUGUUCUGUGUUGUGUUUGGCCUCGUCAUUGGGAAAAUGGGAGAAAAGGGUCGAAUUCUCCUGGAUUUUUUCAAUGCCCUAAAUGAAGCAACCAUGAAACUGGUCCAGAUAAUUAUGUGUUACAUGCCAGCAGGGAUCCUGUUCCUUAUUGCUGCUAAAAUCAUCGAGGUAGAAGACUGGGAGAUCUUCAGGAAGAUGGGUCUUUAUAUGGUGACAGUGCUGAGUGGUCUAGCUAUCCACGCCACCAUCUGUCUGCCACUCAUCUUCUUUGUCAUUGUGAGGAAGAACCCAUACAAGUUCACACUGGGAAUGGCUCAGGCACUGGUGACUGCUCUUAUGAUCUCAUCCAGCUCUGCCACCCUCCCUGUCACCUUUCAGUGUGCUGAGGAGAACAACUGCAUUGACAAGAGGAUCACCCGCUUUGUUCUCCCCGUGGGUGCAACCAUUAACAUGGAUGGCACAGCACUGUACGAGGCAGUGGCUGCCAUCUUCAUCGCCCAGCUGAAUGAUUAUGCACUAGACGUGGGCCAGAUUGUUACCAUCAGUAUUACAGCCACAGUUGCCAGCAUUGGAGCAGCAGGAGUCCCUAACGCUGGGCUUGUCACCAUGGUGAUAGUCUUAACAGCUGUUGGAUUACCAGCAAGUGAUGUCACUCUGAUAGUUGCUGUAGAUUGGCUGCUGGAUCGGUUCCGCACUAUGAUCAACGUUCUUGGUGACGCUUAUGGAGCCGGUAUUGUUCAGAAACUCUCCAAGAGAGAACUGGAGAGAAUGGACAUGACAUCGGACGUGGAUGUCGCCAACCCCUUUGCACUGGAAGUCACUUUGGAUGAUGAGGAGUGUGAGAAGAAAUCCUACAUCAACGGAGGUUUCACGGUCGACAAGACAGAUGCAAUCUCCUUUACGGAAACUUCCCAGUUUUAGCCUCUGGAUUGCUCCAUGCUGCUAUUCCAUCAUGUAUCAGCAACACCCAAGGAGGAAAGCUAUCCAGCCAAACCCAUCUGAGAACAGACAUUAGCAAUAGCAGCCCUUCAUUAAGCUUAAUCAAGACUGCCAACCUUCAAGGUGGACAUUUACAACUAUGACUAGAUUAGAGUGCUUCCUUCUUUAUCUCAAAUCAUGCCGUGAUUUUAAAAAGGCUUGGAUUUUUUUUUUGACAGUAAGAGUGUGUGCUUGCAAAGAUGAGCUUAAAAAACGAGCUGCUUGCUAGUGUGUGUGUUUGUGCAUCUUUUUAUGGGUGAGUCUGAUGACUUCUGCAAAAAAAAAAAAAAAAAAAAA